CUUAGAGCAGGAGCACUAUAAAUAUCAUUUCCUUCAGAAUACGCCACGUGCCGAAAUCGUUUGACUAAGCUACAGUAUCACGCCACAAGGCCUCGCUAUUAUCACGCCACUAACCAGGCAUGCGUUCUACGUCAACUGCGCAGGCAAUGUAUUCUUACGUAGUGCAAUUCUGAGAUGGCUACCUGUUCUCUGGUGUCGUUACCGUUAGUUCCCGUAAUUUUCUAUUAGUAUUAAAACUAAGUUAUUGUAAUUAUUUUUAUCGGCAUGAUAAAGGCAGAAGCAGGACUGAAGAAACCGUUGUAGAUUGCAGAUUCAACAGCUCAUGGUGUCAUUUUCUGGAAAAAGAAAGAGUGAGCGAGUUAAAGUCCUCUUGGAGACACCAUUUAGGAACAACGGUCUUCGCAGACAACAUUCGACAGAAGUUCAGUGAAGUGACAUAGACUAGAGAUGACUUCAAAUUCGAUUUCUUCGACGGUAACAGAAACGGAGAAACGCAGAAGUUCCCCAAAGCUUCAAAUUGUGUGGAAAAACGUCUUCAUCUUUGCUUUUCUUCACGCAGCUUCUUUGUAUGCCAUUCAACUGGUAUUCACCUCGGCAAAACUAAAGACUAUUGUGUUUGCAUUCUUGCUGUAUGUCGCAUCAGGUGUAGGGGUAACUGCUGGAGUUCAUCGAUUAUGGGCACAUCGAUCUUAUAAAGCAAAGUGGCCAUUACGUCUGUUAUUGGCCUUCUUCAAUUCGGUUGCUUUUCAGAAUGACAUAUAUGAAUGGUCCAGGGAUCACAGGGUUCACCAUAAAUUUUCAGAAACUGAUGCUGACCCCCAUAAUGCUAAGCGAGGGUUCUUUUUUUCACAUAUUGGAUGGCUAAUGGUAAGAAAACAUCCUGACGUCAUUGAAAAGGGAAAGAUAGUGGACUGCAGUGACAUCUUGGCAGAUCCAAUUGUUAGAUUUCAGAGAAAAUAUUAUACCCCUAUAGUUUUUCUCUCGUGCUUUGUGAUUCCUACUGUUGUCCCAGUUUGGUCGUGGGGGGAAUCCUACUGGAACGCCUUCUACGUGGCUGGUAUCCUUCGAUACUGUUGGACCCUAAAUGUUACUUGGUUAGUAAAUAGUGCAGCCCACAUGUGGGGAAAUAGACCUUACGACCGCUCUAUCAACCCAAGAGAGAACAAAUACGUCAUUGUCAGCGCAAUGGGAGAGGGUUUCCAUAACUACCAUCAUACGUUUCCAUGGGACUACUCAACAAGUGAAUUCGGAACAAGGCUGAAUGUAUCUACAGUUUUUAUUGAUUUCAUGGCCGCACUUGGUCUGGCGUAUGAUCGAAAAACGGUCUCCCCAGAUGUGAUUAAGAGACAGAGAGAGAGACACGGCGAUGGGAGUUAUUAAGUCUCUCAUCGCUGUUUGGUUACGGAAAACUUGCUGAAAUUAAAGGACAAAAUAAAAUAGAGCUAGCUUUAGCAUCCCCGAAGAUUUUCUGUCUAUCUUUUGCGAUGACACUAAUGAUUUACAGGGAAGUAAAAUUUUUAGGCAAAAUGAUCGUAAUUGCUCUUGUUUACUGUUUGUGUCAGUUGAUUACAACGUGUUGUAUUCUAAUUGUUUUUUUUUCCACCAUAUUAAUGUUUGGUGAAGAUGCUAAAGUAAGUGUUUUAAAACCUUGUACUAAGUGUGCUGCUGUUAUCUGUCAAUACUGAUCGAUUGUACGGAACGUUAAAAUAAUUUCGUACUAAGUAUCAUAUUAGAAGCGUCUACUUGAAUGCAUAUAUUUCUGAAGGGUGUGGAUUUGUU